GAAGGUAGGCCAGGGUCUGACAACCCGCGGCAGAGAAAGUUCCGAAUGCUGGGCGGCUCUGGAGGCGGGCCGGGCCUGCGAGGACAGGGCGUGGCGCUUGGCCAGGCUGACCGGGAGGCACCCGAGGAGACGGGUUCAGAGAAGGUAUUUCUCAACCACAGCAGAGCCUGCGGGAGGCAGGAGGGUGGGGACCUGCGCGCCGUGGCCUGUGGGCUGGAUCCCACCCACUGCUGUUUUGUUCCUGGUUUUAUUGGAGUACAACCAGUCUCCUAUGCUCAUGCAGUGGCAGAGUUGAGCCCUCAGCGACUGAAUACAGACUUCAGGCCCUUAUAGGAGCUUGCUGGCCCCCUCCCCAGGAGUCACGGUCUGCUCCAGGCGCUGGGCCAUGAACCCGAGAUUCCAUCCCAGAGCGCUCUGAAGCCGUUUGGGCAAGCAGAGGAGUCCGAGGGAAGAUGGCCAUGGCCCCAGGCCCUUCCCUGGCCCAAGUGUACGCCAGCCCCGUGGCAGUGGCUGUGUGGGAAUGGCAGGACGGGCUGGGCUCCUGGCACCCCUACAGCGCCGCCGUCUGCAGCUACAUCGAGCAGCAGUUUGUCCAGCAGAAGGGCCAACGCUUUGGGCUGGGAAGCCUGGCCCACAGCAUCCCCCUGGGCCAGGCCGACCCCUCGCUGGCCCCUUACAUCAUCGACCUCCCCAACUGGACCCAGUUCCGCCAGGACACUGGCACCAUGCGGUCUGUGCGGAGGCACCUGUUCCCCCAGCACUCGGCCCCUGGCCGAGGCAUCGUCUGGGAGUGGCUGGGUGACGACGGCUCCUGGAUUGCCUAUGAGGCCAGCGUCUGUGACUACCUGGAGCAGCAGGUGGCCAGGGGCACCCAGCUUGUGGACUUGGCUCCCCUGGGGUACAACUACACCAUCAACUAUGCCACCCACACGCAAACCAACAAGACCUCUAGCUUCUGCCGGCGCGUGCGGCGCCAGGUGGCGCUGCCCUACCCGGUGACCAGCGUCAUUUCCGUGCCGAGCCACACGGGAGCUGCCUGCUCUUGCCACCAGUGCCUCCACGGCAGCGGGACUGGCCCUGUGUCGGGCCGCUACCGCCACUCCGUGACCAACCUCCCCGCCUACCCUGUGCCCCAGACCCCCCACAGGACCGCUUUUGUCUUUGGGGCCCACCAGGCCUUUGCCCCCUACAACAAACCCUCCCUCUCCGGAGCCAGGUCUGCGCCCAGGCUGAACACCACCAACCCCUGGGCUGGAGCAGCUCUCGCCGUGGGGAGCCAGUCCCUCUUCUUCCGCUCCAGCCUCUCCCACCUGGGACCGCAGCUGCUGCCCCCGGGAGCCUCCACGUCCGGAGGAGCCAGCGCCUCCCUCCCCAGCGGCCCCUCGAGCAACCCCGGGAGCGCCGCUGCCGCUGUGCCCAUGCAGAUGCCGAAGCCCAGCCGGGUCCAGCAGGCGCUCGCAGGCAUGACGAGUGUGCUGAUGUCAGCCAUUGGACUCCCUGUGUGUCUUAGCCGCGCACCCCAGCCCACCAGCCCUCCCGCCUCCCGCCUGGCCUCUAAAAGUCACAGCUCAGUUAAGAGAUUGAGGAAAAUGGCCGUGAAAGGGGGGACCCCGAAGCCAGAGCCAGAGCAGGUGAUCAGAAAGUACACGGAGGAGCUGAAGUCGCCCCCCGAUGAGGACUGCAUCAUCUGCAUGGAGAAGCUGUCCGCGGCAUCUGGGUACAGCGACGUGACCGACAGCAAGACCAUGGGGCCCGUGGCCGUCGGCCGCCUCGCCAAGUGCAGCCACGCCUUCCACCUGCUGUGCCUGCUGGCCAUGUACUGCAACGGGAACAAGGACGGCAGCUUGCAGUGCCCUUCCUGCAAGGCCAUCUACGGAGAGAAGACCGGGACCCAGCCCCAGGGGAAGAUGGAGGUGUUCAAGUUCCAGGUGUCGCUCCCGGGCCACGAGGACUGCGGGACGAUACUCAUCGUCUACAGCAUUGCUCACGGCAUCCAGGGCCCCGAGCACCCCAACCCUGGAAAGCCAUUCACCGCCAGAGGCUUCCCCCGCCAGUGCUAUCUUCCAGACAACGCCCAGGGCCGCAAGGUCCUGGAGCUCCUGAAAGUGGCCUGGAAGAGGCGCCUCAUCUUCACGGUCGGGACGUCCAGCACCACGGGCGAGACUGACACGGUGGUGUGGAACGAGAUCCACCACAAGACCGAGAUGGACCGCAACGUGACCGGCCACGGCUACCCCGACCCCAACUACCUGCCCAACGUGCUGGCCGAGCUGGCUGCCCAGGGCGUGACCGAGGACUGCCUGGAGCAGCAGUGACGCCCACUGCUGCCCGGGCGGGCGGGUGGGCGGGCUGGAAGGUGCCUUCCUGAGGCUGGACGUUGGACAAGGGUGCUCCCCGGGAAGCCAGACUGCGGCCUGGCCCUGCCUCCCUCCCCCUCCCCUCUGGGCGGGGGUCUGUGUGGGGAGCAGACAGCCCCAGGCUGUGCUGGUGGGGCUUACCCGCAGCUACCUCAGUGCGCUGGGUCCUUCUGUCCUCCGGAGGCUGUGUUGGGCCAUGGGGCCUGGGGCCUGGCGCCGCCGGGGGCAGAGACCACCCAGCCCAGCCGGGGACGGGCAUGGGUUCCAGGUCAGCUUCUUUUACCUCAGAUUUUGUUUGCAAUAAAUGCCCGAUAGCCAAAGUCAGCAGGCCCUGAGAUGAUUGUCAGCAGAGAGCGUGUGUGUAUGUGUGUGUGUGCGCGCGUGUGCAUGUCUCGUGUCUGUGUGUGUGCGUGUCUGUGUGUGUGUGUGAGAUCCAACCCCACUGGCGGCUGGCCAAGUGCCCGCUGCAUCGGAGCAGGGUCUCAGCUGCCACCCGUUCAGCCCCCAUCUGAGAAGCAGACGGGAGCACCCGUGAGCCGUGGACGCGGGCCACUCCCUGGGGCCCGAGCCUGCACGCUGCACGCCCACAGCGGCCGCUCCCGGGCUGCCCUCUCUCUCGGUGGAACUUGUGUGUCAGCCCCUGCACAGGGCCCGUGCCCGUCUCAGCCGUCCCAUGCUAGCGAGUGUGCUGCCGAGAAGUGGGGGCUUGGAGGGGCGGGCGGUGCUGGCCGAGGCUCAGCUGCGUCGGGUGGCGGGGCCGGGGCCGGGGCCGGUGGCCAGGCCAGGCUGGGUGACCACGUCCUGCACGUCCCGACUCCGUGACCCUGUUAGGACGGUCAGCUGCCCUGGACAGGACCCUGCUGCCUGCCUGUUGGGGGCCAGGGGCACCUUUGCCUCUGGGAGCCCCCUUCUCUAUUGAAAAUACAAUAAAUUCUAUUUUGCAACCUC